CUCGUCAUACUUAACCUCAUACUUCAUACCUCGAAAUUUCAAUUCCAAAAUAUACGCCGGCCGGAAUACAAACCACCGCCGUUUAACCAACCUGGCAAAUCCGGCGUCUACGAGUGAGUCGUCCGUACCAUAGAAGCCAUUGUUGUCUUGACUUAUCUAAUUAUAAUUGAUCACUUGUAGCUUCAAGCUAAUCACGGAAGCUACUCAACCUACAACAACAUCAAGUACUUCUACUUCUACUUCUACUUCUGUUCCGUUUCCUUUAUCUCAAUGCCUUCUACUGUUCUAUCUAAAGAAACUAUUCUAAAGCUUUGAAAUGUGACUUGAUCUCUUCCUUUUACAUUCAUCAGAUCCCUCAUCUUCCCACUCUAGUUUACACAACGAUCCCCGGUUAUUAUUUGAGCAAAGUAGAGUUUCACGCGUCAUCGCAUUCAUGCAAUUCUAGCGUGAUACUUUAUAGACAGGUACCAAUUCAUUCUCUUCUUCAAUUCUCUGAUUGAUUCUGGAAUCCAGACAUUUACUGACAAGAUGCUCUUCACAUUACCAGGUUUCAUGUCGUCUUCAGCAAGAAAGGGCGAUAGCCAACGUCCUCGUACAUUGCAAGUCUCCAAGUCGUUUUACCAGGAACCACCCUCUAGUCCCGAUCCCUCAUCCCGACCUCUCAGGGCAAAUACUAUACAGAACGGCACUAUUCCAUCCGUGGCAAUGUCGGACAGAACAACGUUGAGGGAAAAUAGGAGACCUGGGACACAAUCGGAUAUCUUCGAGAAAAGCUCCGAGGAUGAAGAAGAAAAUGGAGGAACGACUGGAGUGUCUGGAAAGUUGCCUGCAGACUUUGAUGAACUUCCUAUAGAGCUUGUGAGCUUGGCAGAUAGGUCAGUCAACCUUUGGUAUAACGGAGCCAACACGUUUGACUAAUAUCUGAUGCAGUUUCAUUGAUUCUUUAUCGGCGAAAAUCCAUCCUACUCCCCCUUCAGUCGACAAGUUAUCCGGCCUUUUCCAGGAUUUUUAUGCUGUCGCUGCUAAUCAUAUAAACACUCAUAUCUCCGCCUUAUCCUCCAGACAACAUCGUUCAAGCUCUCCGGCUCCGUCAGCCUCAUCAUUAUCCUCAACAGCAAGCAAGAUCAGAGCGAAAGCUGCUUCCAUGAACAAGGAACGUCCCAAAAUAAUAGAAAGAAAGUCUUCUGAGCAGCAGAUGUUGACUAGCGAGGAAAUCAAUGAGCGAAAACGUGCUAGGAAAGCGCUUGAGCAUAAGCGGGUAGCCUUAGAAGAAGCAAUCGAGAGGAGAGUUUGUGAAGGGAUAUAUGACAGGAUAUGGCGACACAGAAGUUCGCAAGAUGAAGCUCAGGACGAGAAACUUCGAUCAAAAACUGCCGCUUUGUCAGUGGUUGGAAUUGGAUUGGUAGAUUUGGGAGUCGAUUUGGGUAUAGAACCAAGUGAGGAGCCAGAUGCUGCAGGAAAGCGAGAACUAGAGGUUCGAGAGUGGUUAGAAGGUGCUAGAGGAGAGUUGAUUGCGAUGAAUGACGAAAAGUAUCCUCUUGGGAAGCUCAACCAUUUAAAAGCCGCCCACAAAUGUAUCGUUGAUACCUUAUCUCACUUUCAUCCAUCGUCAUCAGCGGAUGAGAUUAUGCCUAUGCUUAUUUUUACUCUGAUAACAUCUCGACCAGAAGGCAUUGAUGUUAUAAGCAAUCUUUACUUUGUACAACGAUUCAGAUGCGAAACAAAAAUUGAUGGGGAAGCUGCUUAUUGUCUAACAAAUUUAGAAGCUGCAAUUUCAUUCCUUGAAACCGUAGAUCUUGCAAGUUUGAGGGCAGACGAAAUCCCCUCAGGACCACUCAAAAUAAGUAGUCGACCCGGCACACCGAAAAUAGAUAAACCCGAUCCUUUGACAAUUGGUAUUACACCUACAGGUCUGUCGGCUCCAGCGACUGCUUCGGCAAUCCCUAGUCCUUCAGUGUCUAAACCUACACCCUCAUCUUUGUCCUCUUUCCGGCCUACUGUUCAACACGCAGAUCGAAGGCUCAGUGAUAUUUUUCAAUCACCGGCGGCUUUAGGGGCAGCUGGAGAUGCAUUUUUAGACUCGGCUGAUCAGGGAUUCAAGAGUAUUGGUAAUAGCUUGGGAGAUAGUUAUAAAUUUUUGCUUGGGAAGCUAAAAGAGCGUGAUUCCACGGGUCAGGCUCCAGAAAUUACAAUACCAAAAACCCUGGAUGAUGCUCGAAAACUAAUCAGCACACCUCCACCGGAAGAUGAAGGAUCUGUGAGUGGUGGAAGUACUCCUGAAAGCCCUAGCGUCAAGGAACAGAAGAAUGUGCCCAGCGCAGAGUCAAAGCCUGAAGGACGUAGUCGGAGUGAUUCAUCUCAAAGACUCGACGAUAGAGUCCUGAGCUUCAUUGGUGGUCGCAAAAUGACUCGAGAAAGAAGCGCUGAUAGUAAUCGAAGUGGUGGUAGCUCGAGUAAAAGAGUCUCAUUUCUUCAAGAUGAAAACGGAGAGAAAGGCACACCAUCUCCACAAGCUCCAGCUAGCAAUCAGGCCAUUGUUGAAUCGAUGCGAAAUCUUGGUAACUCACUCAAUCCAAUGAACAGGAUUGCUGGUAUGGGUAUGAUGCGUGGAUUUGGACGUGUAACAACUCCUACGACACCCACCCCGACUAAAUCAACCGCGGCAGAUGGAGAGGUUGCAGAUUCGACUACUGUAUGUAUUUCACACUUUUUUUUAAGUGGCUUUACUGACCUUUGAUAGACAUUCCCUGAUUUGGUACCUUCUUUACCAGCGAAAGAAAUACCAAAAAUUGCUCCGCCGAAUAAACGAUUUAUGGAACUUCAGAAUCCAGGAGACCUAAAAAUUAGCGAGGUAAUGGAGUUAUUAAGAGAUUAUAGAAGGUUAGCGGGAGCUUUGAAAGAUCUUGGGGCUGUUUAGGUUCACUGGUACCACCAUAAUUUUCUUUGUAUUUGUCGCCUACAUAUCUUCGGAUACCCACGUUCUUUCUUUUUCUUCUUUUUUUUAGUGUCUGUGUUCUCAUUGGGUCAUUGGGAAUUGAGAAGGAAUGGCGUUCUUGACGCGUGGAUACGGGAAUCAUAGAAUUGGAUGGGUGUAUGGAAUCGGAUUUGAAUUUUGAACCUACGACGAGUGGGGAAUGUCCGAACAUAGUGGAACUUGGUACAGGAAUGGAUGGAGUGGAAGAGAAUGGAUGGACUAUACUUGAAUGAACAUAUUACUUUGCAAGAUUUUUCUUAAAUAUGAAAAUCAUUAAUACAUGCGGUUCAUUAAGUCUAAUGGUUUGGGUUUGGAAGAAAUCGGCAAUUAUUGAUAUAUUUUAUAAGGGAGGAAAUAAGGGUUAGAUAUACGGACUAUUUUAU